CUGGCCCUGCGACAAGGCAAUGUCGUGCUGGACCUGGGAUGUGGUACUGGGUACCUGUCCAGUGUCCUUGCCGAGCGAGUCGGGCCCCUGGGAAGAGUCGUUGGUGUCGACCCCAAUAAGAAGAGGCUCCAUGUUGCAAAUGAAAAAUACGGGCAUGUCGAAAACUUGCACUUUGUAUUUGGUAGCAGCACAAAUUUUCCGAGCGGACCGUACGAUGUUAUCUUCGCUAAUCAGGUAAUGCAAUGGAUCGAGGACAAGGAAUCUGCUUUUAAAUAUGUUUAUCAGAAUCUGAAAGUCGGUGGAACAUUUGCGUUUUUAUGUCCAGCUGAUCCUGCAAACAGAAUCUUAGAACUUCUCAAUCCAACCGUUUCAGAGUCACUGUUUUACUGCAGCUGCGAGGAGUACGAAAGUCUCGCUCUCGUGUGUGACUUUGAGGUAGAGCAUAAGUCGAUAGAAACUGUGACUCACAAGUUUGAGAACGUGGAUAAGUACAUUACGUGGGCUUUAGCUACAAUGGACGUUGAUCCUCUGCAAAUAGAUCCUGAAACCAUGUAUGAUGUGAAGAAGAGGAUUGAAGUGCCAGAGCUCAAAUGGAAGAAAAUUCAGUUCAUUUUGAAAUACAAACACUGA